CUGGUGGUGUCGGAGCGUAAUGACCUUUUGUCUCCCGGCGGUCAGGUACGGAGAGAGAGGAGGUGGGAGGAGACUCAGGAGGAGCCGCUUCAUAUCGGACUGGUCCCGGCAGCGUCCAGGACAACAAAUGGCCGUGAACCGACAGAAGAGAGGGACAGUGUGAUCCAGACACGUUUUUCUUUUUAUUCUUUUUGAGAGAGCCGUCUCCAUGGCUCACAUAGCGGGUUAGAGAGAGAGCAAGCAGAGGCUCUUCAUCUUCAUCCUCACUACAUCUGAUCCAUCCGGCAGCAGAAUGAGAGGAGAGUCCUGUUGACACCACGGAGAGAUACACGCUGAGACCGAGUAUGGCUGUGGACGCGGCGUCCAGCUUCAGCUUUUGCCGUGCCUCCCUGGAGCACACGGUGUCUGCUGAGGAGCUGAGCUACCAGCUGCCGCGUCGCGCCGGAGGCAGCAACCUGACCUGGCACGACGGCCGCGGCCAGAGGACAGCACACACACGCACCGUCAAACUACUGCAGCAGCCCGGCACAGAGGGCAUCCAGUUGCGUCCGGGUGAAGCCUUCACUGUGUAUCACACCAGUCCCACUCUGUCCAGUCUGUCCAAACCUGUGGUGCUGUGGACUCAGCAGGAUGUCUGCAAGUGGCUUAAGAAACACUGUCCUCACAACUACCUGACCUACGUAGAGGCCUUCUCCCAUCACGCCAUCACAGGACGGGCGUUGCUGCGUUUGAACGGGGAGAAGCUGGAGAGGAUGGGAAUCGUCCAGGAGACGCUGAGGCAGGAGGUCCUCCAACAAGUCCUUCAGCUGCAGGUCAGAGAAGAGGUCCGCAACUUGCAGCUCCUUAGUAGAACCUCUUUUGGAAACUUCUCUUAGCUCAUCCCUGGAUCCAUUUGGCAGCCCCCUUUCCCCUCAUCCCCUGUCACAAUACAUCUCUAGGAGCCAUGGAAGAGCUGCUGUCUUCAGAUAUGUGAGCGGAGAAUCGGCGAGUGAAAGGGGACGAGGACAAGCCUAUAGACUUCACGCCAAGCGGUCUCGAGGAUUCUCAUUCAGCGCGGCCAAUCUGGUUUUCAGACACUGAGGCAGCGACAAAGCCCCGCUCAAGGCAGGGGAACCCACUGUAACAUAGUGAUAAGAUGUAAGAUUCACAACCCUAGUGAUGAUGUAGGCCUGUCACUGGUAUAUGCUUGAUCGCAGAAAAUCUCCUUUUGGAUUCCUGUCUCGUUCGGAUCAGACAAUUUCAGCAGAACACUUGGGUUUAUUUUGGUUUUACAUGUGCACCACCAGGAUUCAAGUUGUUUUCCUCUCUCUUUCUCUUCUGGUUAAGGUCAUUACAUGAAUAACUCUUUGGCAUGGUUUUGUAUAACCUUAACCUUUGAGCCCAGUGAUGCUUUUUAUGGUGUAAACUUAGAUUUACAUGCAGCGCCACCAUUUGGCCACUGGAUCCAAAGUGAAGGAAACCUCCAGUCAAUCUCCAUCUCCCUUUGAAGCUAUAACAUCAAGCCUGUUCACAAGGAAUUAGAGCUGGUUUUGACCAACGCCAAAUACAAUCCUGAUCAAUUCUUCAUUCACAGGUCACACUCACGUUUUCCUCUCAGGACUUUAGUUUGGGAAUCGUAGGUUUGGAGGAUCAACAAUAACACUUUACGCCGAAUGUCAUUCCAACAAUCAGUCUUUUUGUAUUGCGACUGAUCUGCAGUGAGAAAUUAGAAAUAUAUAUAUAUACAGUAUGAGCUUUGUAGAAUAACAUACACUGUAAAUCUGCGUAUACUGUAACAGUAGUCUUUUAUGAAUAGAAUGGAUCCCGAGGACACAGAGUUAAUGUGAUAAUCACUGUCUAUGCUUGAUAAAGCAAUAAUUUAAAUGAUAAAAAGUGAAGUGGAGUAGCGCUGCAUUGGAUAAAUGAUGCGAGAAUGAGUGUGUGCUGAUGGGAAUAAACAUUAUGCCUGUAACAGCGGCAGUAUUUUUCCAGCCUCAUAGCUUCAGUCCUUUGUGUGUGCUAUACUGUAUACUGUAUUUCAUCUCUCGCACACAGAUACUAAGAAAAAGGAGAAGCCUCUGUUGUGUUCUACCCACUUCCUGUCCCUGGUGUGACACUGUGAUUUCAAAUGCUCAGAAAUCAAAAUGAUACGACAGCUACAGAUGCGAGACUCCACCGGCGCAACUCAAGCGAGCACCUUUGAUGUCAGCAGCAGACAGCUAUUUAUGAUGAAGAUGUUUAAGUCACAUGAAUAAAUAAAUUCAAUAAAUAAAUAAACUUCCAACAAACAAAAACCUCCCCUCCACCCGUUCUCUGACAGGGAGUCUUUGGGUAAAGUACGUAUUUGACUGUUAAAAGGGAGAAAACACACUGUAUUAUUUUUGGAUUACCUGAUGAACUGUAAAUAUGAACACUUUUUGGGUUACUUUGUCCGAUGAUUGAUGAGCUGUUUGAAAUGAAGCCUAUUUAUCUGCUUUACAGAUAUGAAGACAUAUGGUAUGGAACAUGAUGAAAGCUGUCUUUUUAGAAUAAACUAAUUGAGAUUCA